UAGAAAAAUAACAGGGAUUUUCAAAUAUUAAAAACGCCACCACUUUUCCACUGGCCAUCUACACUAGAUUAUAUAAUACGUCAUUGGAAACCGCUCAAUUUUGUCUAAUGAAAUCACUUUCUUUUUUCUACUUUUUCUAUUUUAGGUAUACUUACCCUAUAGCUUAUCCCAGUUGUAUGAGAUAUAUAUGAAAUAUCUAAUAUGUUAUAAAUAUAUCAGAAUAAUAUGUAUAUCACGAAAGUAUAAGUGUAUUUAUAUGUAAAUUGAACAUAUUAAGAACAUUUAAGAACCUAUGGUAAGAACCUAUUCUUCAAAAUAAACUUAGCCUUUCCUUAUAAUGCGAUCGUUUUGUAUAAAAUUGUUUGAUAUGCCUAUCACUGUUGAAACGAAUAUAUUUUUCUCUUUUUCUUAUUUGAAUGUUAGAAUUCUACCUUUUUAUCGUUCUUUCUCCUUUAUCGAAUUCCUUUUUCUAUAAAUCUUCCGUUCCUUCGUAUUCCUCAGACAAACUUGAAAUGAAUUUUCUUGCUACAAAUUUCCAAUAUUCUGUGUUUUAGCAGAAAAUGCUGGACAUUGAAACAAAAAUUGGGUAAACUUUUUCUUUUCCUUUAAUCAUAUAUUUAUGGUUUCUAACUCUACAAGUUGCAACUUCGGUUAUACUUAUCUGUAUUCUUUGUUUGCCAUGAAUACUUUAUGGACACACGGCCAAUGCGCAAGAAGUAACAUCUGAGACGUCUCACAAAUAUUUUCAGCAUACAGUGUUCAGUCGUCUAUGCACAAACGGUUUUAACGCAAAUACUUUUCAUCUUACCAUGCAGAAAUAAGAAGGACUGAAUAACAAACAUUAAUAAUUUCUAAAAGCAAACUUAUCGGUCAGUUCGUUUAAAAUGAUACUUAGUAGAAGUAUCAGUCGCCCAGUAGUAAUUGGCCUACGAUUGAUUGGAAUUUGGCCAGGUUCAUCUUAUGAAAUUAUCGUCCGAUGCAUUUGGGUAGCUAACAUGAUGUCUGCGCAAGUAUUUCAGUAUCGGUAUAUAAUAAAGCAUAUUAGUUCUGGAAACUUGGCAGACAUAGUAGACAGUGUGAGCACUACUUUGCCGUAUAGUCUACUGUUCUUUAAAAUAAUUAGCUUCUGGAUUAAACGCGGAAUAUUUAAAAACAUAUUGAUAGGAAUGUCUCGCGAUUGGAUCGACACUUCUACUGCCAAACUUGACGUACAUGUCAUGGUAAACAAAGCUGAACUUGCAUACCGUUGCUCAAACUUAAUUAUUAGCGUAUACGCUAGUGCCGUUUUUAUAUACGGCGGUAUGUUCCUGGAAUUCAGUCGUCAGGAUCAAGAUGACGGAUUUAAUAUAACAUCUCGACAAUUGUUAAUAAAAAUGGACCUUCCGUUUGCAUAUUAUGAAAGUCCGAUGUAUGAAUAUGUAUUUGUUUUACAAUUUCUUCAACUAUUAGCUACUGGAAUUAGCAUUGCUAUGUUAGAUGCUUUGAUAAUUACAUUGAUACUUCAUAUUGGCGGACAAAUAGAAAUGUUACACGAAGCUCUAGAAAAUAUUUCUAUCAAAGACGAAAAACAUGGAUCAUUACGAAAUGUCAUUAAAUCUUUAACUGAUCAUCAUUACCGGAUUAUCCUUAAUUCGGAAUAUAUCGAAAAAUUAUUCUCGUAUAUUGCUUUGAUGCAAUUAUUAUGUAAUACAAUCGUUAUAUGUUGUAUAGGUUUCUUAAUAAUAGUUGCGGUUAAUUCAUACGGUGACAUAAAAAUACUUAUGAAAAUUUUGUUA